AAUUUUUUAAAUAAAAAAUAACAGGUCCUCCUUAUUUGGAAGGACAAGCAUUGGCACUUAAUGGUGCCACUGUACAGAGACACAGAGAAAAGUCUGAUUGUUUGAUUUUUCACUUCUAAGAACACGAAAACACGGACAGCAUAUUAUUUACACAGCAACCAAACUCAUCUCUCUCAUCCAAUUCGACGUUAUUUGAAUCUGUUCCUAGUUCUUCAACAUUUGAAGCUCGUUCUCCUUCUCAUCGCUUUGAAUUUCUUGGAAAUGGAGCAUCGGAGAUCGUUACUCGGAGGAUUCCUAGGGUUUCUGGUGCUCUCUCUGGCGGUUCCUUCAGCUGUGGCGAGGUUCGUGGUGGAGAAGAACAGCUUGAUGGUGACGUCGCCGGAGGGCAUCAAGGGGACCUACGAUAGUGCCAUUGGGAACUUUGGGAUCCCUAAAUACGGAGGAAGUAUGGCUGGUAUCGUUGUGUACCCCAAGGACAACAGGCAUGGUUGCAAGGCUUUUGAUGACUUCGGGAUAUCCUUCAAGUCGAAGCCUGGAGCUUUGCCAACGUUCGUUUUGGUCGAUCGAGGAGACUGCUUCUUCGCUUUGAAGGUUUGGAAUGCCCAGAAUGCAGGUGCUUCUGCAGUCCUGGUUGCAGAUAACAUUGAGGAAGCACUUAUAACCAUGGACUCACCUGGUGAGGAUGGUUCAUCUGCAAAAUAUAUUGAGAACAUAACUAUACCAUCCGCCCUUAUUGAGAAAAGAUUUGGUGAAAAAUUAAAGAAUGCAAUUAGCAGUGGGGAUAUGGUUAAUGUAAAUCUUGAUUGGAGAGAAGCUGUUCCACACCCUGAUGCUCGAGUGGAGUAUGAGUUAUGGACCAACAGCAAUGAUGAGUGUGGGUUUAAAUGUGAUAUGCUAAUGGGGUUUGUAAAGGAUUUCAAGGGGGCAGCACAGAUACUUGAGAAAGGUGGUUACACUCAGUUCACUCCACAUUAUAUAACUUGGUAUUGUCCUCAUGCAUUCACAAUCAGCAAACAAUGUAAAUCGCAGUGCAUUAAUCAUGGAAGAUAUUGUGCUCCUGAUCCUGAACAGGACUUUAGUUCAGGCUAUGAGGGGAAAGAUGUGGUUAUUGAAAACUUACGGCAGCUUUGUGUUUUUAGAGUUUCAAAUGAGACAAAAAAGCCCUGGUUAUGGUGGGACUAUGUAACUGAUUUCCAAAUUCGAUGCCCCAUGAAGGAGAAAAAAUACAACAAGAAAUGUGCUGACAUGGUUAUCAAAUCUCUAGGGCUUGAUAAUAGAAAUAUUGAGAAGUGUAUGGGGGAUCCAAAUGCUGAUUCUGAGAAUCCUGUUUUGAAAGAAGAGCAAAAUGCCCAAGUUGGUAAAGGAUCAAGAGGAGAUGUCACCAUAUUGCCUACACUUGUUGUUAAUAAUCGACAGUAUCGAGGAAAGUUGGAGAAAGGAGCAGUUCUCAAAGCCAUUUGUGCUGGUUUUGAGGAAACUACUGAGCCAUCUGUUUGUUUAAGUAGUGAUGUGGAGACAAAUGAAUGCUUGGAUAAUAAUGGUGGUUGCUGGCAAGAUAAAACAUCCAACAUUACUGCCUGCAAAGACACAUUCCGUGGGAGAGUGUGUGAGUGUCCUCUGGUUGAUGGCGUGCAGUUCAAGGGAGAUGGUUACAGCAAAUGUGAAGCAAGUGGGCUUGGGCGAUGCAAGAUCAACAAUGGUGGUUGUUGGCACGACACCCGUGAUGGACACACCUUCUCUGCUUGUUUGGAUACUGAAGAUGGUAAAUGCCAGUGCCCCCCAGGUUUUGAGGGAGAUGGUAGCAAAAGUUGUCAAGAUAUUGAUGAAUGCAAAGAGAAGAAAGCCUGUCAGUGCCCUGAAUGCAGCUGCAAGAAUACUUGGGGUAGUUAUGAUUGUUCAUGUAGUGGAGACCUUCUGUAUAUCAGGGACCAAGAUGCCUGCAUAUCUAAGAGGGCUAGCGAAGCAAAAACUGCAUGGGCUGCCAUUUGGGUGAUUUUAAUAGGCUUAGCUAUGGCUGCAGGUGGAGCAUAUCUUGUAUACAAAUAUAGAUUAAGGUCAUACAUGGAUUCAGAGAUCAGAGCUAUAAUGGCACAGUACAUGCCUCUCGACAGCCAGACUGAGGUUCCAAACCAUGUCAGCGAGAAUCAUGCAUGAAGAAGUUCAAUCAUUAAUCAUUCAGGGAUUUGUGUUGAUGCAGACAGGAUGUGGUACAUAUGUUGUUGCCUUCGUCCGGUCAACAAUUUCGAGGGUGGAGUUGAUUUCUUUUGUAAAAUAUGAAAAAUAAAGAAGGGCUGACAAGAAAUUGUUCUGAUAUUUAUUAGGACUAUUAACAUGUUGAAAAGAUGGAAGUAGGGAUUGGGUUUGGGGACAGAUGAGAAAGGAUUGAGCUGUAGCAUGUAAAGAUCCCUAUUACCAUCCUGCUGAAGUUUUGUCCCCAUAUUUAAAAGAAAUCCUUCGUUAUCUUUUCACA